AUGCCCGACUCGAACGUGCCAUACACGCUCCUCGUGCCCCGCGACCAGCGACCGCCAAAGCGCGGCUCGCGCGCGUUCGUGCUGCUCUUCGCCGCGAGCGCCGUGGGGUUUGUGUAUUUCCUCGCGCACCUGGGGCACACCAGGCGCACAACGACGCUGUACCCCUCUUCGUCGACAUCGGCAGCCUGCUCCCCGUACGACCAGCGGGGAUACCUCGCGUUCGACGCGCACGACGCGCACGCGAACCGCUGGACGCCGUACGCUGCCGGCGAGGACUCGUGCCACCGCCCAGCGCCGGCGCUCGGGGCGGCGUUCGUGCGCGCGGCUUGGGACGCCCAGGUGCCGUCUAAGCGGCCCAACGGCGCCGAGUUUGCGCAGGCUGCCAAUGGGCCGGACGGGCGCGAGUGGGAGGACGUGUCGUGGGCCAAGGGACGGACAGUGUUGCUCCUAGGCGACAGUAUCCACCGGUUCACGACAAAGUACUUUUGCGAGAUGGCAGGCGAAGCCUUCCUCGAGCUGAGCGCGACGCACCCCUGGUCCCCUGCCCCCGUGCCAAAGGACUACAAGACGACCAAAUACACUGCCGGCGGGCGGCCGAACGCGGCCACCAACACGUCGUGGCAUACGCUCGAUGCUGGGAACGAGGGGGCCCAUGGCGGGCAUUACUGCUAUGUUCCUGGACUGGACUUUUUGCUCGUCCACGUGCACACUUAUGGGCUGGAUCGGGAGGAUUAUUGGGUGCAUAAGGAGGACCGCAUCAACCUCCUCGCCGUCCCAUAUCUCGCCAACAUCCGCGCGACUGCCGGGCGCGGAGACGACGCGCCAGAGCUCGUGCACGUCAACAGCGGCAUGUGGGAUGUCGUGCGGUACAGCCACGAGGACGCGUCGGCGGGUGCGGAUCUCGAGACGCCUCUGAGCGCCGCCCGAACACGCGAGUAUCGCGAGCGCGUGCGCGAUAUCCUCGUCGCCACGGCGGCCGCGUUCCCCCGCGCCGCGCUGCGGUGGGUCACGACGCAUUACCCAAUCGCCGACUCGGGCGCGGGCGGCAACGCGUGGUUCUUCGGGGACGCGAAGCAGAAGCCCAAAACCAAGCCAGACGUCAAGCUCCUCCGCCUGGUCGAGCUGCACGAGGCUGCGCUGUCUGCCAUCGAGGACACGGGGGACGCGAGUGCGCCUGAGGCGGGGGUGUUGGAGCGGGUUGGGGUUAAUCGCUGGGGCACGGCGAUGCGCGGGUGGGAGAAGCACCAGGUGGACAGCCUCCACCCCGCUUUCUUGCCCGGGGGAUACCUCUGGGCCGACAUGAUGCUGUACGACCUGCGCGCGGCGCUCGGACACUGA